UUGCGAUCUCACUUUCAUUUCAAAAACAGUGCAUUGCCACUCCCAAUUUUACAACAAAUUCGCGGAAUGAAGCGAAAAGCAACGAGUCCAGAGCCAUCAGCUAGGAAAGCGGUGAAAGUCGAUGACUAUUGCAGCGUCCAGACAAAGAAAGGUCCAAAUGGCGAUCCUAUAUGGCCAGCCCCUGAAGAGCAAAUCAUAUCUGCUCGCAAGUUCCUGAGAGAAUGCGCUGAUGCCAAUAAACCAACCCUUAUUGUUCCAGAUAAGGAUGCGGACGGUCUCAGCUCUGGUGUCAUUGUCCAUAGGACUCUUGUAAAGCUGGGUCUUGAUCCGAAGUUCCUCGAUGUUCACCUGGUACAGAAGGGGAAAAAUAUCCAUGAGGAAGAUGAGCGGAAGAUCAUGCUCGAGAAGAAGCCGCAAUUCGUUAUUGUUCUCGACCAAGGGAGUAGAAAGGGUCCUCCUGUAGUUGAUGAUAGUCAGGUUAGGUCGCUUGUCAUCGAUCACCACCUCAGCGACGAUUUUCCAGAAGGUGCCAUAGUUGUGUCAGGAUGCCAUUGUCCACCAGUAGGAACAACUUCCCUAAUCACUUAUGAGAUCUGCAAAGAGCUGGUGCCAGAUAUUGCCUCGGAAUGCGGGUAUCUGUGCGCAAUGGGGACCCAUGGUGAUCUGGGGAAUACCUUGAAAUGGCUACCACCAUUUCCCGACAUGACGGAAACCUUCAAGAAGUAUACCAAGAAGCUGAUCAACGAUUGCGUCUCUUACAUCAAUGCUCCUCGGCGAACUGGGACGUAUGACGUGAUAACGGCCUGGAACACCCUUCUCGAGGCCAAAGAUCCGAAACAGAUCUUAAAUAAUUCACGCCUUGCUUCGGCAAGGCAGGAGAUCAAUGAAGAGGUCGAGAAGCGGACGCAUACUCCUCCGAAAUUCAGCAAAGAUGGAAAAUUCGCAGUCUUAAAGAUAGAUAGUCAAGCUCAAGUGCAUCCCGUCAUUGCAACACGCUGGGCAAGCCACUUGAAGUCAAAAGCUCUCGAAAUCGUAAUGGUAGCCAACUACGGAUACCUGUCAGGCAAAGUCAACUUCUCUUGCAGGAUAGCUCGUUGCGCGCGGGGCAGAGACCCACCAGUGAACAUUAUAGAAUCCUUAAAGGCAGUCGCAGAACGCGAUACCACUGACCUCGUGCAGAGACUUGGGGAGAACUUUGCCCGAGGUCAUAAAGAGGCCUCGGGUGGUAUUGUGGAUACUGCUGAGUUUGAAGAACUGUACUUGCUGAUGAAAGUUGGCGAGAAACCUGAUAAAGAGGAGGGUGAAGCGCCGAAGAAGAAACUGGAGAAAUCCCCACAGAAGAACACCCUGAACAAUUACUUCAAGAAGCCUUGA